AUGCCAACAGUAGCUGCAAGAGGACAGCAUGAUGUGAGUGGGAACGGAGGAUCACUUGUUAUUGAUUCUCCACCCGUGGGAUGUGAGACUCUCGUGGAGGAGUUUGCCCCGGAGGAAGGACGUGGGCAUGUGGAAGAGGGGACAGAGCUGUUAGAGGGGGAUGGCCCCAUUGUUGAUGGACAAGACGAAAGUGAUGGAGCUGGAAGGGCAUCCGAGCCCGAGUGCCCGAGCGAUGGGGCAGCUGCCUCUACUGCUGCAAUCCGACCCCAUCUGCCCUGGUCAAUAGCUGCAAGAGGAGAGCAUGAUGUGAGUGGGAACGGAGGAUCACUUGUUAUGGAUUCUCCACCCGUGGGAUGUGAGACUCUCGUGGAGGAGUUUGCCCCGGAGGAAGGAGGAGGGCAUGUGGAAGAGGGGACAGAGCUGUUAGAGGGGGAUGGCCCCAUUGUUGAUGGACAAGACGAGGGUGAUGGAGUUGGAAGGGCAUCCGAGCCCGAUUGCCCGAGCGAUGGGGCAGCUGCCUCUACUGCCGCAAUACGACCCCAUCUUGAUAGCGGUACGUGCUGGAGCACCCCUCACAAGGUCUCUCGCUCGUUCCUGGCCUCAGCCGGCCAACGCUGCCGCAACUAG